AUGUCCGAUUAUUCUAUAUCUCUCAACUCAAACAUCAGAAUUCUUCGUUGCGUCACCGCUAAGCAAUGGCUACACUUCAUCGGCACCAUGUUAGCUUGCGACAUUGUCGACGAGAUACCAGACCUUGUCUGCAAGCUCGGCCUGCUCUUGCUGUUGGCAAAUGGUGUCGAUGUUGUUCAAGAAUGGGCGAAGGAGAAUAGCACAACUGUUGGAUUGAUAACCCUCGCUGUCUUCUUCACGCUGCAGAUCAUAAAUGCGGUCAUUAGUGUUCCACAAACAGUGGCGGCCGUCGAAGCUGCUCCCGAUUUAGACGAGACAGGGGAGAGAAGGAAUACACGUGAACUCUUGGCGGAUAUCAAGACAUCGUUGCGAAGCAUGAACCUUUCAUUGUGGCUCCGAUUCGCGGUCUAUCAUUGCAUUGCAUUUGUCAUGGCUCGCAUUGCAACUGCUGUUGGGUCACUGGGCAAUAUGGAAGUCAACAUUAGUUGGAAAGACCCUCUAUAG